GUCACGAAGAAGACUCGUCUUCUCUGGUUACAGUCUGUUCUGGAUACUCUGCUCUGAAUAUUCUUUUUACUUAACUCCAAGGACUGUUUUAAAUUUUCCAAUGUCUGGCAAAUUGCGGAAUAAAGGUAAAAGUGAACUACCUGAAGGUGGUCAGAGGGAAAAUCCAGAAAGAACCUUUGACUUGGUAUUGAAAGUGAAAUGUCAUGCCUCUGAAAAUGAAGAUCCUGAGGUAUUGUGGAAGUUCCCAGAGGACUUUGCAGACCAGGAAGUACUACAGACUGUGCCAAAGUUCUGUUUCCCCUUUGACGUUGAAAGAGUGUCUCAGAAUCAAGUCGGACAGCACUUUGCCUUUGUACUGACAGACAUCGAAAGUAAACAGAGGUUUGGAUUCUGCCGACUCACAUCAGGAGGCAAAAUCUGCUUAUGCAUCCUUAGUUACCUGCCAUGGUUUGAAGUAUAUUACAAGCUUCUAAAUACUCUGUCAGAUUACUUGGCUAAGGAACUGGAAGAUGAUUUGGAUGAAACUCUCAAAUCACUCUAUAAUCAGCCAGUGCCAAAGGCAAACACUCCUGUCAAUUUGAGUGUGAACCAAGAGAUAUUUAUUGCCAGUGAGCAAGUUCUGAAAGAUCAGCCCUCCCUAGCACGGCAUUCCUGCUUCAUUGCCCCUGAUGUAACUGGACUUCCAACAAUACCCGAGAGUAGGAACCUCACCGAGUACUUCGUGGCGGUGGACGUGAACAACAUGCUGCAGCUGUUCGCCAGCAUGCUGCACGAGAGGCGCGUCAUCGUCACCUCCAGCAAGCUCAGCACCUUAACUGCCUGUCUCCACGGAUCGGUCUCCCUGCUCUACCCGAUGUACUGGCAGCACAUCUACAUCCCAGUGCUGCCUCCUCACCUGCUGGACUACUGCUGUGCCCCGAUGCCAUACCUGAUUGGAAUACACUCCAGCCUCAUAGAGAGAGUGAAAAAUAAAUCAUUGGAGGAUGUGGUUAUGUUAAAUGUUGACACAAACACUUUAGAAUCACCAUUUAAUGACUUGAGCAGCCUACCGAGUGACGUGGUCUCGGCCCUGAAAAAUAAACUGAAGAAGCAGUCUACAGCUACGGGAGAUGGAGUAGCUAGGGCCUUCCUCAGGGCGCAGGCUGCUUUGUUUGGAUCCUACAGAGAUGCACUGAGAUACAAACCUGGUGAGCCCAUCACGUUCUGUGAGGAGAGUUUCGUCAAGCACCGCUCAAGUGUCAUGAAACAGUUCUUGGAAACCGCAGUUAACCUCCAGCUUUUUAAGCAGUUUAUCGAUGGUCGACUGGCAAAACUAAAUUCAGGAAAGGGUUUCUCUGAUGUAUUUGAAGACGAGAUCACUUCAGGUGGCUUUUGUGGAGGGAGCUCAAGAUCAUAUCAGCAAUGGGUACAUACAGUCAAGAAAGGAGGUGCACUGUUCAACACAGCAAUGACAAAAGCAACUCCUGCUGUACGAACAGCAUAUAAAUUUGCAAAGAAUCAUGCAAAGCAGGGAAUAAAGGAAGUGAAGAGUAAGCUGAGACACAAGAGCUACGGAGAUCUUCAAAGAUGCUUUAACAGGAUGUAUGUUUUCAUAAAGUUGAUUGCCUUGAUAUUACAAUUGAAAUUCUUGCUUCAAGCUGAGAAUUUUUUGCAAAAAGAUCAUCUUUGGUGCAGAAUUAAGGAAAACGAGGAUGAUUAUGGGACGUGUUCAGGUUCAGUACAGUAUACGCCCGUUUACACGUUACACAGUGAAAAGGGAGGAAACCUAGCAAGGCGUAAGCUUGCCCAGGCGCGACUGAGAAGGCCUCUCAAGAGCCUGGAUGGCACUCUGUGUGCAGAUGAUGACGAGGACGCGGAAAGAGCCAGCAAGUUGUCCUCUGAAGAUGGAGACGAAGCUUCUGCUUAUUUCUACGAAAGUGACGACUCUCUUGAAACAAGAGCAAAGGGUCCUUCCUCGGGUGAGAUGGACUUGCUGGGUGAAAUCCUGGACACGCUGAGCACACACAGCUCAGACCAGGGGAAGCUGGCAGCGGCCAGGAGCCUGGACUUCUUCAGGUCGAUGGACGAUAUUGAUGGCAGGCCCACGAAUAAAUCCAAUGCGCCCAGCGAGAACAACCUGGCCCUGCUUUGCAGUGGUUCUGGUGACCAGGCCGAGUGGCACUUGGGGCAGGAUGACAGUGCCCUCCACAGCAGGCAGCUCCCACCCUCACCCAGGAAGCGGGUGUCCUCCAGUGCAGGGACGGACUCUCUGUCCAUCCUGAAGGAGGAGAAUGGGGAGCAACACCUCGGCACUGGUGCUGGGAGCCAGCCUGUGGCACUGGGAGAGCCGGGCCCUCCUGCAGGACUGGGUCUGCAGCUGGCUUCUCCUGGAGCUUCCCAAACAGAGCAGAAGGAAACACUAAGCCAGACUCCAGAUGAUCUGCUGGUACCCAGCCUUGGGCGCCAUCCAUCUACUUUUGUUCCUUGGGAGAAAGAAGGGAAAGAAGCCAAAGAGACUUCAGAAGGUUCUGGACUGCUUCAAGAAGUGGUGUCGUUAUGUCACAUCACAUCUGCCUUCCAACAGGCCUUCAACAUUUCAGAAGGAAAAGCAAGUGGAAACCAAGCUUAAAUCAACAAAUUGAGAGUCCAUCACUUGCAUCCAGGCUUCUAUGGAGACAUUUUAGGAGUCGGUGUACCCUAUAUCACAAAAAAGGAUUGGUAGGAAAGACAACUCUUACCGCUGCCUAAAAGUUGUUUUCUUUUGGAACAUUUCCCCUGUUUGUUCAUCUCGUGGUAUAUAGAUUAUCCAUUGAUUAUUGAACAUAAAGCUAAGUCUUCUACUGUGCUCUUAAAUCAGGUACUAGUUUGUAUGUAUGUUGAAAGUAUAUACUGAACAUAUGAUUUCCUGGUAUUUGGUGCUUAAUGCCACUUAUUUUAUUUAAACUAAGUAUGCAUCUAACCCUUGCACAUAACCAGUAGCUGCUGUACUAACCUGGUUGAGCAUGAACUGGCCAAGACAUCAAAAUCUAUCAGAACGCGCCUGAAAUUGCUGAAACAGUUGGCCCACUAAUUGCCUUAAUCUUAAGCCUAUAUUAAGCAUACUUACAUAAUUUAUGGCAUUACAUGUAAAUUUUGAAAGAUAACUUAUAAGUGUUCUGCAGAGCAAUAACGCCUUUUUCUAUUCAUUGAAUCAAGGACAAAAUUCAUUUUUUUAAAGUUAAAAAGCUCUCUUGACACUUCAGCCAUGUUUUCCAAAAUGUAUAAAGGUACAUACACAUUUACCUGUCACUCAGCGAGAUAUAUGAAGUGCUAAAUUACAAUGUGAAAGUAAUGACUUCUGUUUACAAAUGACACUUUACAGUUUCUCACAGUCUUUUCUAUAUGCCUUUGCUAACUAGGAGUCACCCCCAGAAAGCCAACCGCAACAUAAACUGUCCUGAUAAAAAUGUUCCUGUUUUUCCCUUAACUAAUAAUUCUCUAUCAAAUGCUUCAUAUCAUCUCAGAUUUACUUCUUAAUAAUUGACUAUCUUUUGAAAGUUUUAGAUUCAUAGAAACCUUGUGGGGAAAGCAGUGUCUCCCUGCUCACAGUUCCCGCUGUUUUUAGGAUCCUGUAUCAAUGCCGUACAGCCUCCCAGUUCAUGAACCGUGCUCCAUGCAGAUUUCCUUGGUUUUCCCCUGAUGUCCUUUUUCUGUCCCAGGACCCCACCCAGGGACCACGUCACACUUGGCUGUGACCGUCUCUUAGACUUUCCUGGUUUUUGACGACCUUGACAGUUUUGAAGAGGACCAGUCAGAUACGCUGUAGGAUGCCCCUCUGCUGGAACCUGCUAUUUUUCUCAUGAUUGUAAUGGGACCGUGGGUUUGGGGGAGGGGGUUACAGAAGAAAAGUGCAGUCUUCAUCCUCACAUUCUGUUGAGGGUCCCUACUGUCCAUAUGAUUUGUGAAUGUUGAUGCUGGCCUUGGUCACCAGCAGGCUGAGGUAGCUUUGUGGGGUUCUUCCCCUCUAAAGCCACUCCUUCCCUCCCGGUCCUCCUGUCAUCUUUGGGGCGAGGUUACCACGUACAGCCCACAGUGAGGCGUGGGGCUCGUGCUUCCUCUCCUUGAGGGCACUGCUUCCACAUAAAUGACUUGAAAUUCUUCUGCAUGGGACACUGUCUCUUCUCUCUCAAAUUCACUGUCACGUUUUGAAGUUAACCUGAGAAGGAAUCGUGCAUUGAUUGCCUGGAUUGAUAGGAAUAAUCAGAAGGAAAAAAACAGUGAUGUUAUGGUGAAUUUGUUGUUAGUAUGUUCAAUAUAUAUACUCUCACAUCCCCAGUCAUGAUUUUUUUUGCAUUACCAUUUUAAGAAAGGUGUUUGAGAAACCAUUCAAGAACGCCUAUCGAGACUGUGUUCUAAAAUAUUUGCUGAAAUCAGAAUUUUGUUUUCAGUUAAAAUCCUGGAAGAGCGUUUGUUAAAAACAUUGCUUAAAAAUAUUUAUUCAGAUCAGUCUUUUAAGUAAUUUAGGAAAAAUGACCAAGUUUUUUUUUAAAGUACAUUCCAAAAUCUAACUGGAUUUAUUUAUGUUUAUGAAGGAAGACAGAUCUUGUUUUCCUUAUAAGGAUGGACUCUGUAUGUAUUUAAUCCUUUUUUGAUUUAAUCCCCUUUUAAAACACAAAAGUUAGACUCAAGGUUCUUGUCAGGUUUUGCCUUUAUAUACUCAUUUAAAAAUUCCAUUAUAUUUUAUCAAAGUAUAUAAAAAAGAAGUCCAUUUAUCAGAAGAGCUGUUUUAAAUGAGAAGGAAAAGCUGUCACUCUGGUUGUUAAUCUGCUGGGCAAAUAUUCUUCAUAAUUUUUGAAAAGAAUGCAAAGCAGCCCUUUAAUAUGAGUCCUGGGAUGAGGCAUUUUUCCUUCGGAAUUCACCGUCUGGAGAAUGGGAUCAUUGUCAGCCUAGCAGAGGCACAAUCUGGGUUUUAGUCCAUUUGCUUCACGCCUCAGAAACAUGAGCUCUUGUCUGUCUUCUGGUCACCUCACUAGACAUCUGACUGUACUGCUGUAUGUGGUGAGGAUAUUCAUCCCCUGACAGGCCACAUUUGUGUCAAGAUAUUAAUAUUUUAAACUGGACUUGUGCCUUAUUUUAACAUACAAAAUCAGCUCAUAUUCCAUGUUUAAAACAAAAGCAAAAAGGAAAACUCUGCAUGUUAUUCUUGGAAAAAAUCCAAAAGACCAGUAGCAAGUAUUCAUAUUUCAAACCGUUAACAUUUUGAGUUUUCAAAGUCUGCUCCAAAACGAGACUUCCCAGCAUUCUGGUGGCUGUAGGGAGAAUGAAGUGAGUUCUGAAAUAAAAGUGUUAUCUUUUUCCUUACUAUGCCCAUGUUUUCUAUUAUAACUAAACCAAGUAUGUGCAAACUCCCCUGGUGUUUGAUUUUUGCCCCCAGAGGAGCAGCGCCUGUUCUAGGACACAAUUGUAUAAAUGAAUCGGACCUUUGGGUCUGGGGCCCAAGUCUUUAUGCAGCCUCUAGACAGAGUCACGAUCAUUCCGAAAUCCCACUCUAGCUUUUAUCCUUUUGCCCUUAGGUACUGCAUCCGUGGUAUUUCAGGGGGACGGAAGAGUCUGAGUUCUUGUUUUGUUAAGUAAGUGUUAUUAAGUGGUAUAUUUUGAUGGCUACCUACUUUAGCAUAUUUUAGAAAGGCACCAAAAUAUAGCAUGAUUAUUUUUCUGAUUAAAAAUUAAAAACUCAUUUAGGAAAUAUUUAUCAACUCUUUGUACUGGUCAUACACAAGGUACAGUAACUGUGGACAUAGGGAAAUAAGAGAAUUGGCCUAGUCUCUGCUGUGCAGGAACUAAUCUUUUAAUUAGUUAAUUAAUUUUAAUUUUCCUUUUAGAAAAGAAUUGCAAAUAUCUGUAAAUAAUACAUUUUGCUUAGAAGUGAUUCAGCCAAGCUUCUGUCACCAAAAAAAAGAAGGGGGGGCCUUUUAAAGCUGCUGAAUCUAAACUCUGCUCUAAGUACAGAACCAUUGCACCAUUCCUAAUUUGAGUAACUUCCUCUGCUGUUACACAAGGUACAGUAAUGCUGCUAUCCAGGAUAUCCUUUUAAAGGACAGAUGCAGAGGCUCUUAGAAACUGGGUGCUCGUUUACUGGACUGUCCUUCACCACUCUGCCCCUCUCACCAGGCAGCCAGGCUCUGUGCGGAAACGGUGCCCCUUUGCACUACUUAGGGCCACGCCACUCCAUUCAGGAUUACUGAGCGUUGAGGGGCUCUAGUUUUACUGUCUUUACCUUGAUAACAGCAUUCUCUAGGAACAGUCCCUCCCGCCCCACCCCCACUUUAAGCUGAAACUGUCUGUGACAGUGCUGUUGUGAGGACCCAGGAAUGCUAAUGAAUUCGUCGUUUCUGAAAUAAGGUGAAGAAGUAGGCUACUGACAGAGGACAAAACUGUGACUACUCUCAUAAUUAGUAGAUCUUCCUUUCCUAGGAAAUCUAGGUUUUCAGGAAAAGAUUUUCAUGAAUAAAUUUUCUAAUGUGAAUUUCGUUUUGUUGAGCAUACAGGAUCCUGAUUCUGGGUAGAUAUUUGUAGAUCAGAAUAUAAAUUGAAGAAUGUAGAAUGAAUACCUAAACAUAAUUCCCCCAAAGCACUUCUUAAUAUAGGAAAUGGUUUUUACAUCUUCUUGUCAGUAUUGACAUCUUUCCUCUGUCAAGCCCAGGAAUUUGUGUCUGUUUCUUAAAUCUUAAGAGGCAGAGUUGUUUUGAGCAAAUCAGUUAACAUUUUGAUUUGGUCAAGAUAGGGAAUUAUGUGUAUUUAGAAAGAAGCAUGUUUUAUUUUGAAAAUAAUAGGAUUUUGUGCAAUAUUUUUUCUUGCAUAAUUUAGUGCAUAUAAAUGUGCACAUCUGCUUUUUCAGCAGAUGCCUCAUGUUUUUCAGUAUUUGUGUAAAACUGUAUGUAGCAAUGUUCCAUGUCAUUUUAGAGAAAAAAUAUUCUUUAUACUGUUGGCAGAAAUGUUUUUAUUUAAAAUAAUUAUGAAUAUUGCAUUAUUGUAUCAUAACUAACUGCCUCAGCAACAAUAAAUAUGCAAUAAGAAAAUCCUGAACCUUAGAUUAAUAUUGACAAUACUGUUACUUUUAAAGAAAUGUAUAUAGUGCAAAAUGCUGAUUCUUCAUGUGUACGUGUAACCGAUGCUCAGUUCUGUACCACAUAAACCUAGAUGGCAUUUGUAUGGUGAUGACAAAACAUAUGUUGAUUGUAAGAUCCUUUGUGAUGAAUCUUUGGUAAGAUUUAUAAAGGGCAUUGCCAAUACUUUUUGACUUCUAUAAAUUAAGUUAAUUUUUGUAUAAUGUAUAGUUUGUUUAACCUUAGAGCUUCUAUAGAUUUCUACUUUUAUUAUACUUGAAUGAGGCAGAAAAGCACUGUGGAAAAUCUGUAGCUCUGGAUGCGAUAUGCAAACAUACCAAAAAAAUAAAACAAGGUACUGAACAGCAGACAACCAGAUGCUUUCUAUCCAGAAAGCUAUGUGUUUUCAAACCAUACUUAAGCGAAGUAAUUUAAAAUAUACAGUCUUUUAUCUUAAAAGAUUGCCAAGUCACAAAUGAUUACCUCUUUGAUAUGAUAAAUCUCUGAGUCUCUUCGUCUCUGUGUUACUUCAUGUCUCAGAAGAGAGCCUUGUUGAGGUACAUGGGCAAAUCCGCCUUUUGGUUGGUUACAUGACUUUUAGGACAGGACAGAAUUAGACCCUGUGCACCCUAAUACACCACGUGUGUUGAGUCACCAUCCUUCAGAUAGUCUAGUCUCCACGUGGUUAUUUUGAGAACCAUUUAAUAAUCAUAUACCAAAAAUGAGAUUUCUUGAAUCUGUUAUGAUUUAGUACUUAGAGCAAUGCCUAAAAGAGCAAACAAGUAUAAAUUGCAUGAAACCUACAGUUUAAAAUGCAUAAAGCUUUUUUACACAAAAGGUACAUGAGAGGUUAAAAAAUGAACUUUUCCAAAACUUAUUUGUCUUGCUUUAAAUGAUUAACUGUUUGGAAGGACUGAAAAGCUUGAGCUUUUUGCUAGACAUGGUGACAGGUACCUGUACACACCUUCCCAGUGUUGAGAUGUGCAUCACUGUUCUUGCAUCUUUGAGGCUACAGGAUAAAUCAUCUCUAAAGUUGACUACUAUUGGGAGGAUAUUGUGUGUAAAAGUAUUGUUUGGGGAAUUUCUAAAAAUAUAUGCAAACGUAAAUAGUGGAUGAAAGACAUAUUACCAUAAAGUGCCCAACAUUGCAGGUUUAAAAUAAAA